AUGGGCCGCGGACGAAAGGUGGAGAGCGUCCUGAGCGAGCUGCCAGAGCCGACCGAGUCCCAAGAGAUCGUGCGCGUCACUGGCACGCCCGGCGGCAACCUCGUGCAGGUCACCGACGAGGCGAGCCGCACGUUUCUCGCGCGAGUGCCGUCAAAGUUCCGCAAUGUCAUCUGGAUCAGGAUCGGAGGCUACCUCAUCGUCGAGCGCGAGGCGGAUGAGGAGGCGGAGGGGAGGGAGGUGGGCAAGGUGCAGGCGACGCUCGUCCACUACCUGUAUCGCGACCAAAUCCGCCACCUGCAGAGCCGGUCGCUCUGGCCGAGCGCGUUUGCUGACGGCGACGGCGCGGCUGCCGCCGACGAGUACGGCAGCGAGGCGCUGCACACCAACACCAACCACGCGUUCCGGGACCUGCCGCCGUCGUCCGACGAGAGUGAAGGGGGCGAGGAGGGAGAGGAGGAGGAGGAGGAGGAGGAGGAGCUCGACGCUUUGGGGAACUCGGUGGUGAGGAGAGGAUGA